AUGGCGCCUGACACUGAGGGCUCAGAUUUCGAAGAUGAUGACGAUGAUACGAAACCCGAUCUCAGAACAUUAUUAUCCGAGAACUUCAUCAAAAGCGCAUUCGAAAAGACGCCACACAAGUUUGUGCCCGAUGGUAUCAUCCACGAGCUGAUCACAGAGGAAAGCAUUAGUGAAGCCUUGGAGAUACAUGCGCGCACACGCGGAGAUGCCGAACUAGUGGAAUUCAUACGCAUGCAUGCGAAGAAGGUUUUCGCAAUCUUCAUCUACACCCGACCAACCAAGUUGCUCGCAGCACUGAAUUGGUGGAGAAAAAAGGAUAUGAACGACCGCGAUCUGCCAAUCACUAUCCAACCGGAAUGGAAGAAGCAAGCCUGGUUUGCGGAAUUUUGCGAACACCAGUGGAAAUUUCUUGCUCCAGUCUUUUCGACAGCCCGGUACAACCACAACCUCGAAGAAGAUCAUAUCUUACCUUUCGUUUCGAAAGAAUCGGACUCUGGUAGAGGAUCUUUCGGCGUAGUUUCGCAAUAUACGUUACAUGACAAACAUCUGGACCCAGCUCUUUUGGACCGUAGUACCUUUGCAGUCAAGGAGAUUCAGUCUUCUGAUGAUGCACAGGAGGUUGCGGAACAUUGGGAAAGAGAGGUCAAAGCCCUCCGGACCAUGAACGAGUUGAAUCAAGAACACAUCGUUCGCUUCAUAACAGCUUUCCGACGCCGCAGAGGUAAAGACGGUCAAGACCAUUACCUCAUGUUCGAGUGGGCCGAUGGGGGAAAUCUCCGCAGUAUGUGGAAAAGAGUGCCUUCACCAACACUGACGGUAGCAUUGGUGAAAGAUGCCAUGUUCCAAAUAUUGGGACUUGCCAGGGCACUCGACGCUGCCCAUAACCUCAACAAUACCGGCUCAUCAUACCGCCAUGGAGACAUCAAACCAGAGAACAUCCUAUGUUUCAAUAACGGGCGUGAGAUUGGCACUCUGAAGAUCGGCGACUGGGGAGAAGCGAAAGAGCACGGACAGGUCACGGAGAUGCGUCCUAGUAAAACAACAGCUAAAUAUGGCACCCGUGUCUAUGAGGCUCCUGAAGUCGAAACGGGCGUAAGGGCUAAGUAUCUGGGCCAGUCAACGAAGCGCCGCUCACGUCUCUACGACAUCUGGGCGAUGGGAUGCAUUACUUUGGAAUUCACCAUCUGGUUAUUGGAAGGGCACGAGGGGCUUACAAAGUUCCGCCCCGACCUAGGAGAAGGAAGCUUCUACGAGAUCAGCAUCCAGAAUGGAAAGAAAGUAGCUCAUGUGCACAAGGCUGCCAUAUACUGGAUGAAUAAAAUGGGAGAGGAUCCUAGGUGUCAGGCCGGUACUACAGCGAUAGGGGAUCUUCUGGAACUAGUGAGAACAGCAUUACUGGUCGUCAAGCUUCCACGAAGGCUUGGUACGAAUAUCUCAGAUCGUUCUGAACGAUCUCGUACCGACUCCGUAGUUUCGGAAGCGAGAUUUGAAGCAAGUGCCAUUCCCGCCAGCGAAACACCUUUUGGCCCGGGAGAAGUCCCAGAUAUACCACCUGCAGUAGGCGUCCCCUCCUUCAGUAUCACUCCGGCGGAUCCAGAGCCUGAGAGAAUUCCAAUACAACCCGAGCCAGAAGCUAAGGGUCCUGCUCGAUGCCUCGCAAAUGAAUUUCGCUCCCGAAUGGAAGGAAUUAUCGCAGAAGACCCGGACGGAGAUGAAGGCUACUGGCUCACAUAUUGGGUGCAGCCUUUGGAACUUCGCCCAACCUCAGACCUAGUGUUGCCACCUUCUCCUACCACGGAAGUUUACUCUGGCGAGGUCUUUCAGAAGCCAGACUGGGAACAGUGCCAAGACAGCAUUGACGGAUUGAUAGCUCCCUCUCAGAGGAGGAUAGACUACGCGCAUCCAGAACUCGAUGAGGAUGACUGGAAGUACCAGUCUGGCAAUGACGUUGUUUCAGAUUUGUUCGCCCAGCUCAAGGAGAGCAAGUUACUGGGACCAAGCGACAUUGGCUCUUCCUCACGGCUCUGCCCAAACUGCAUCUGUCUUCAAGAUGAGAUAUUCGUACCUGGAUUUUCCAGGUCCUACGAUACCGAAACCCUUCGACUAAACGCCGAGAGCAAGUUCUGCAAUUUAUGUGUCCUGCUUUGGCAGACUGCUACCAGAGACGGAUGCGCAAAGUCUUCAAGCAUCAAGCUUGACCGAACAGGAUCAUUUCUCCGGAUGAGAAGCAACGGCCUCCCUGUACUGUCCAUCGUCCGUCAUCCAGAAGAGCUCUCUAGGGCAAUUAGCGAUGCCCAGAUGGGGUUUUUCCAACUUCCAGAAGCAGGCAGCACUGCCCACCUCGGGGUGCUCCAGCACUGGCUCAACGAUUGUGACGGUCAUCAUCAAUGUUCCCCACCCAAGGUAGCGGCGAAUGGCGCGAAAUUACGGCUGCCCACGCGCCUAAUUGAUGUCGGCACAGAUGACGAUGAUCUGGUCCGAUUGUGGGAGACCAAACCAUCUGACGGUCCACAAGGUGACUUCAUGACUGAGGCCAAGCGUAUGGAAGAAGUUUAUAGCGGCGCAUAUUGUGUUGUUGCAGCCAGCUGCGCCACCGACCACUAUGACGGCUUCUUGAAGCCGCGCAGCCGUCGAGAUUGUGUCCGUUUGUGUGGUCAAAGCAAAGGUCAGCCUCCUUUCUACCUGUGCCAGAAUAUCGACAACUUCAAAGACCAUGUGCUUGACGGUGAGCUGCACCAGCGUGGCUGGGUCUUACAGGAACAUGCUCUCGCUCGUCGAACCCUUUUCUUUACUGAGCAUCAAACUUACUUCGAGUGCGGCAAUGGCGUGCGCUGCGAAACGUCAACGAAGUUAAGCAACCCUCUCGCGGCCUUCCUUGGUGACCCAGACUUCCCCAACAUCGUCCGCGAUGCGCCCCAAGGCGAGAAGAUUUUACGCUAUCAAGAGCUAUACCGCAAAUUCUCGCGCCUAGAUUUAAAGCGUCGUCGCCAAGGUCCCAUCAUGGUCAUGGAUGGCAUAUACCGGCGGGAUCGACUAUCUCCAGCCUGA